ACUGAUACUGACAAAAGCGCGGCGCCAUAUUGCGUGCUUGUGUUUGGUUACUGUUCUGGCGCGUGGUCGAGAAUUGUUAUAUUUAAUUAAUUAUCAUGUCCGAUAACCAGGAGCAAAAACCCGAAGCCGGCCCAGGCGACGCGAAUUCCGAAUACAUCAAGCUUAAAGUCGUCGGAAACGACAGCAAUGAAAUUCAUUUUAGGGUAAAGAUGACUACUCAAAUGGGUAAACUCAAGAAGUCAUAUAGCGAUCGAGUGGGUGUUCCCAUGACAUCACUCAGGUUUCUUUUUGAUGGUAAAAGGAUUAACGAUGAUGAGACACCAAAGCAGCUGGAAAUGGAAAAUGAUGACGUUAUCGAGGUAUAUCAAGAACAAACAGGUGGUCACUACUAAGGAAAUUAAACCUAUUAUUCAGUUUUAAUAUCUUUUAAAGUGAAAGUGACUAUCAUAAAAAAAUGGACAAGUUUAUCAGUAUGUAUAUGUAUGUUAAAAAGCAUUAUGUAAUUUGGUUUUUUACGUAAUAUUUUGAUGUGCUAUUCUACAUUCCUGUAAUGAAGCAAGAUUAAGGACCAUCAGCAACCAUGUUUCAUACAACAUAACACAUUCAUUCACCAAAAACAAAACAACAAAAAAAAGAGAAUUAUGCCUCAAUGUCAUAAGUUUUGUCCUUUACUAACAUCUGGCAAUGUAUUUACUUUUCAUAGAUUUCAGAAUUUCCUAGUUUUAGAUUAUAAAAGUUUCGAAAAAUAAAGUCUUAGUUUUAUUAUUAAAGCAUAGUAAAUAUUAUAUAAUGCGAACAUGAUUUUAAAAAAUUGUUGCGUUUAAGGUGCAUCUAUAAUAAAAAAAAAAAAGUAAUAUUUUCUCCUUUGUCUUCUUCAUGUAAUUGCUAAAGUAACGAAUUGUUUUUAACUUUCAAAUUCUGAGUGAACGAUAUGGAAAGAAUUUGUUGUUUUCCUUUCUCUUAUGGUAAUCAUGGAGUAGUUAAUUUGAUGUAAGUAAUGUGGGUGCUGCCUACAAAAUCGUUGAUAUUAAACAAGCUUAUCCUGGGUAUGUUCUAUUGAAAUGGACAGCUUUUAUUGCAUUGAUAUUAAUAGGUUCUUGUAAUCCAAGAAUCAGACUUUGAGAUGCAUAAGCUGGACCAAAGACCCUCUGGAUUUGUGCUAACAUUUAAGGGCUUCAUUUUUUUUUUUUGAAAUUCUCUGAAAUUUUUCUAUGGGCAUCCUCAUUACAAAAUACUUACUCAAUGAUUUAACAGGACAAAAUUUCAACAAAUUGUAAUAAAAUUUAUUCUUGUACAAAUAAGUAAUAUAGUUUUGUUUCUAUUACUAACGUGUAAAAGUUGUUCGGAAUUUCAUUUUUUACUAUUAAGCAGUCUUAUUCUUCGAACAACAUGAAAUUUUUUUUUACAGUUACAUUAAUUUACUGUGGUUCCAAAAAGUUUCUCUAUACCAUGACCGAAUUUUUCUAUUGUGUGAUACGAUAUUAUAAAGAGGUAUAAUCAGAUAAAUAAUUCUUAUUAAAUUCGAUUGGAUGUUUUAUUAUCUAUUGUUUUAGAGUAUGCACGUAGUAUGUGUAGAUCACUAAAUUAUGCAAAUAAUUAAAAGUAUUACACUCGUAUUUUAUGUUUCUCAUAUAGAGGAGGGUUCUAAAAAUGAUUACUAUAACGAUACUAUCUCAAAGAAUAGAAGAAAUGGUGUACACAAACUUUCUAGAACCACUGUAAGUGGUAAACAUGUUUAUAGUUAGAAAUUGUAAGUAAGGUAUAACAAUAACAUUAAUAGUAUUCCCUCGUAAAAGUGCAAAUUAUCGUGAGCGAUAAGAAUACAUUCACGUGAAGAAAUUUUGAAUUCCGUAAGAACAGCAGAUAAUGAUUUUGAUAUAAACAGCAUUGUAAUAAUCAUUAAAUUUCACCAGUCUCACAAUCAUGUUUACAUCUGGCAAUAGUAUAAAAUACCUGUAAUAAUUAUCUACAACAAAAAAAAAUAAAAAUAAUCCUUAAUUUU